AUGUCGAACACUCCUACCAAUCCCUGUCCGGCCCCAGCUACCAUCCUAAGUAGCAGCAACACAGAAAUAGUAGACGAUGUCCCUCCAGAGCAUAACAUUUCAGAAGAAAUGGCAGAUCAUGCAGAUUCGGAUCAAGAUGAUCUUGCCAGCAAUGACGCAGACUCUGCGAUCGGAGAAGAUAGGGCCGAUUCUACAGCCUCCAUCACUUCGAGCAUUCUGAGAUAUAGGACGAUUCGAGGACGAACGUAUCAUAGUGAAAGAGGAGAUGCCUUCUACUGGGGGGCCAACGACCAAUCUCAGAAUGAUGCAAUGGACGUCGUCCAUCAUAUGUGGACGCUUGCACAAAACGGCAAGUUGUUUCAAGCCCCAAUUUCCGACGACAUCCAGACAGCACUCGACGUUGGUUGUGGAACUGGAAUAUGGGCCAUUGAUUUUGCCGACGAAUUUCCAGGUUGCGAAGUGACUGGUACGGAUAUUUCGCCAAUUCAGCCAUCAUUUGUACCGCCCAACUUGAAAUUCGAGAUAGAUGAUUGCACUCUGGAAUGGACAUUUCCGCCAAACACCUUUGAUUAUAUUCAUAUUCGCUACCUUGUUGGAUGCAUCCCUGAUUGGGACGAGCUAUUCCGACAGGCUUGGAAGGCUCUGAAGCCAGGUGGCUUUUUGGAAAGCUUUGAGGCUUCACCAAGCAUAGAGAGCGAUGACGACACGGUCUUACCCGACUCAGCUAUGGCUCAGUGGGGAGGCAUCUUUAUAAAGGCUGCAGAAACGGUAGGCAGAUCCUUUACUGUUAUUGAGGAUGGAACCCAGAAGAGUGCUAUGGAAGCCGCCGGAUUUCAAGACAUUCAGGAAUGGAAUUUCAAGUGCCCCUUGAAUCGCUGGCCAAAAGACCCUGCUUUGAAAGAAAUCGGAGGGUUUGCACAAUACUUCAGCACCCAAGAUUCUGAAGGAUUUUUGACCUUGAUGGCUGAUAUGGCUGGAUGGUCAGCCGAAGAGUUCCACGUUUUUAUCGCCAAAUUCCGUCGUGAAAUUCGCGACGUGAAUCAUCAUGCAUACUCUAGGAUGAAAGCGGUUUGGGGCCGCAAGCCACUGUCUGCAGAUAGUUGA